UGAAAAAAAAAAUUGAAUCUUUGAUCUUCUGAUUUAGCGAUUAGUACAACUUUGGCAAAAGAAUUGAUUAAAAAAAAAAAAAACACAAUUAAUUUUAUCGGCAGACCUAAAUUUAGAAUUUUAUCCUAAAUUAUAACGCUUAUUGGAGUGGGAACCGACUAAAAUAUCCGGAGCCUGUGAUCACUCUAUUCAUGGAUCUCUCUUCUCGUUCGUUGCAUCUUAAAAUUUUCCCGCACUUUCUCUCUUCCCCUCGCCUGGUUUUUGGCCAUGUGUCCUUUCUUUUCCUUCAGACACCUCGUGAUAAGAAUCCUAAGCUCAUUCCAAGAGCUCUGAAAGGGUGGCAUGAGUACGAGGAUGCAGUGAAGCGAAAAGACGUCGCCAGAGCUCUCAGAUUCUUGAGAUCCCUAGAAGCCGAUAAGAAUAAGGAUAAUUCAGCUGACAAGGUUAAUGGGUUCUUAUCGUCUGGCCCGACUCGGGCUGGUAUCAGUGAGCUGGGGUUGUUUGACGGGUCACAAAGGGAUUGGGAGGUUUUGGACGCUUGUUUGAAUGCUGAUGAUAUGAGGCUUGUGGGUAGUGCUUAUGGGUUCCUCAAGAACAGGGGUUUCUUGCCCAGUUUUGGAAAAUUCAGCAACAUUGUUUUGGAGGGACCCAGAGAUGUGACCCCGACUGUAUUCAAGUCUUCAACUGGUUUAGAAGUGUCCAAAUUUGCUCCAAAGAAGUGGGGCCUUUCUGGAACUUCAAGAUUUGCCUUGGUUGCUUUUCUCGGCGGGGUAUCUUUUCUGCUUUCACAAGGGAUUGAUAUCAGAACUAACCUUGCGGCCAUUUUAGGACUGGCCUUUAUGGACUCUAUUUUCCUUGGAGGUACCUGUUUAGCUCAAAUUUCAAGUUACUGGCCUCCAUACAAGCGUCGAAUUUUAAUUCAUGAAGCAGGUCAUCUUCUGGUAGCUUACCUUAUGGGUUGCCCAAUUCGUGGUGUGAUUUUGGACCCAAUUAUUGCAAUGCAAAUGGGCAUUCAAGGCCAGGCAGGAACUCAGUUUUGGGAUGAAAAGAUGAGUAACGAGCUUGCUGAAGGACGACUCAGUGGCACUACCUUUGACAGCUGGCAUGAUAUGAUGGUCAGGUACUGCAUGGUGCUUUUUGCUGGCAUUGCAGCUGAGGCUUUUGUUUAUGGAGAGGCAGAGGGUGGAGAAAAUGAUGAAAAUCUAUUUAGGAGCAUCUGUGUUCUUAUGCAACCCCCAUUAUCUGUAGCCAAGAUGUCAAAUCAAGCAAGGUGGUCAGUUCUGCAGUCCUACAAUCUGCUAAAAUGGCAGAGGCAUGCUCAUCGGGCUGCUGUCAAAGCUCUGGAAAGUGGUAGUAGUUUAAGUGUUGUAAUUAGGAGAAUUGAGGAAGCUAUGUCUUCUGCUACGUGAAAUGUAGAUGGUGGGAAAAAGGUGGUUUUCUCUCUUCUUGUCACUAGCAUCAACAAUUUGAUGGUGGGAUGAUACUUCAUCCAUCGCCCCUAAUGAAUUUCCCCAAUAAAACAUAAAACAAUCGGCUGGGCAAUGGAAGGAAAGCAGGCAGAAUCUUGUGGCACUGUUUGUUACCAUACUUUUCAACCAAGGCACUCCAGAAAUUGAUCUGAAGAUGAUAUUUUAUGCCUCUGUCUCUCCCUCCCAUUUAUCUUUAACUGUGGUUAUGAAAAACAGCAAAUGAAUGCUUUUGUGGAAGGUGAGAGUAGAGCACGGAGAGCCUUUAAUGGACUGGAAGCAACUUGCUUGAAUCUGGUUUUUGCUCUGAAAGUAUAUCUAAUAUCAUCUUUAGUUAAUGCAA